AUGGCUGUUGAUACAUUAAAUCGUAACAUGUCUUUUAUUGCAACAUUUUUUGUUUUUGUUGGUGUAAUUCUUGGUGUUACUGCAUUAACUACUAAUUACUGGACAGAAAUAGUAGUUGUUCGUACAGGAAAUACAUCUGGAGGAAUAUCAAAUGAAGUAUUACUUACAAAUGAAAGUGUUGGUCUCAAAUGGAAUGGUCUUCUCUAUUCUUGUUCAACUCUUGAAAAUCCAUUAUGCGUAUUUAAUUUUGUAGGAACAGUAUUUGUUCUUUGUUUAUCUGGAUUAAUAUUUUUAUUAGUUAGUGGUAUAGUUCUUUGUUGGGAUAUAUUUAAAAUAAGCGAUAAAAUAUUUACUAUUCCAAUGUUACUUUUAAUUGCUUGUGUAUUAAUGACAGCUGGAAUUUUUGAAUAUGGUUCACAGACUAUUUUGAAUUCUCAUUCAUCACGAACAAUGAUUGCUGCUAUUGUUUUUGUUUAUUCAGCUUUACCUAUAUCAGCAUUUAUUGCUGGUCGAUAUUCAAAUUUUGAUUGUUUUGUUAACAAUGGACAAAAAUAUGUAACAACUUCAACAAAUGGAAAUUAA